CUGGUAAGCAUUAAAAUAUUUUGAAGGUUGGGACUGGAGGGAAUGUGUCUUAACACUAGUCAGUUUUGCCCUUGGCUCUCAAAGCAAGCAUAUCACUGAGCUUUAGCAAGUGCUCAAGUAAUUUGAAGAACACUGCAGUUCAGGAAUAUGUGGCCUAGAACAUGUCCUUUCCAAUAGGGAUUGCUGGUACUGCCACCUAUUCAGAUUAUUCAGAUAAAGCCCCGUUCUUAAGUUCUUGACUCUUCUGAGCUUUGUUUUCUGCCCUGAGCACAACUAUUACAGAAAAUGCCAACCAAAAUGGCACAAGCUGUUUCUAAGGUCAAGGAGCGUCAUAAACAAGUUACUACGUGUCAUCUGAUCUCUUGUGAUAACUUGUGUGCUGUGGCUCAUAGACAUGAGGAAACAUGUCAUUUCUUCCAUUUUUAAAUGCGAAAGUCUAAUUAUUUUUAGAUGCUCAAAGAUUUUAUGCGCUGGGACAUCAUCUUUCUCUUGGUAAGAGAGAUAAGCUUUGCUUCAGGAUUAAAUAUUUUCAGUCAUUUUAAGAUCAAAGACAGAUCCCUGCCUGAAUUUGAUCAAGAACUGUGCUUUCUGUUUCCAUAUCCAAAGGGUUGCUGGAGGCUUUUGGUUAAAUUUUGGCAGAGACAUUGUUUGCUAGGGUGCAGGUUAGAGCUGAGUAAGUCUGUACACAGAACUGAGAGCAGAGAUCUAUUCUAUGUGCAGUGUUCUGAUGGCUUCAAGAUGUGAAAGAAGACAUUUCUUGAAUCGAGGAGUAAGCUCAUACUUCUGGGAGUAGGACAAAUCACAUUAACUAGGAUGAGUUGAGAUUGGUGGGGAAACUGGUUUUAAACUGGGGAUGAGGGGAUAAAAUGAGCAACAGAACAUUUUGUGUUUUCACCUCCAAGCUUCCUCCUACUUGCCUUUGUUGGAAGUGAAAUCAGAAGGAAGGAACUGGGACAAGUUGGACAAAUGGUUAUCAAAGGUAGAAGCCUAAUGGAGGGGAAAUCUGAGGUGGAGAAUGGGAUGGAAUAGGUGAUGAAAAAGGAGAGUAGGAAAGAGAGAACAGAGAGAUUGAAAAGAACAAAAAGGUCAAGGUUAGGGAAAGCAAAGAAGUCUUGAUUAAAUCACACUGAUUGCUGGAGCCAAAGAUUAGAAUCUCACUGUUGCUGUAUUGUUGCCAAACUACUGUGAAACUCCUGGGCAAAGUGUUUCUUACAUUUCAACAGCUUCCACAUUUUGCUCUUCCACAUAAAACCUACUGCUGCUAAUGUUUACUCUGUUAGGAAGAGGUAGGCUCUUGUGGUAAUAUGAAUUUUUUGAUCCUGCCUACUACGUAUUCAGUUUGGCUCUCAUGAAUUGUUUAUUUUUCUUUUGAUAACAGAAGUUCAGUUGUUUUAAAAUAAAUCUGCUAAUUCAAACAUUCAAAAGCUAGGACAAACUGGAAGUGAAGUGCAUAUUGUUAAUAAUUUGAUCCUUAACUCUUAUUAUUUUUCUGACUGCAGGCUUUUUUCCAUAAGAUCCUAACUUUAAAUGUAGCCUCAUUAGUACUUAUUUAAUAUGUGUGGCCCUAAUCUUGAUUUAUUGGAUGUUAUUCACAUCCUGCUGUGAAAACAAUAGUAUUUCUGAACUGUUUCACAAGUGCACAUAGAGUACAGAGAUAUGCAAUUAUCAUGAUAGUCCUGCACGGCUAACAAGCAGUUUCCAUUUUCAGAUGGUAAACUGAGGCAAAAAAAACCUGUCAAAGGUAAUGCUGUAAUGUUAGGUGCCAAUUCUGGGAAUGCUUACCAUAAUGCAGUGGUUUUUGAAGCGGGGGGGAACCAAAGCACAGCUUUUCCAGUGGCUUCAGUUGCACCACAGGCUACUCCUACAGGAUCUUAAUUCAGACAACCAUUAGGUGGAGAACAUGCAGGUGAUGAAUACCCAUGAAAAGUUUGCUUUAAGCAGCCUGCUCCACAUCAGAUAGGAAUACUGGUAAAGUGGAGUAUCACAUUAGUGCUCUGCUGCUGCAAGUUUUGUUUUCCACAAUACUUUGCCUUACAUAGCACUUCUGCUUCCUACCUUGUGGAAACUACAGUGUGAUUUCUCAUUAUUUAUCAUUUCAAAGCAAUUUCUUUAGGGGUCUUGAAUGUUAAAAAAAAAAAAAACAAAACCAACCAACAAAAAAAAACCCCAAGAAACACCUCACUUAUUUUGUAAUACAGUCCAGAGUACAAAAUUACUAUAAUUCAGUUUCGUCAGUGAUUUUUAUCCCUACUCGUUAAUCAAUGAGAAGAUCUUCCUUCUUAUCCUAUCCCUAGUUUCUCAGCUUGCAAGAGUUUUUAAGCCAAUCUGCAAUUUGCAAAGUACUGAAGGUCCUUUAAACAUGUCAACUCAAGGCUUGCACUUAACGCCUUUGUGCGGGGUGUUGCUCAAAACGGCACGGAGGGAAAGAGGGGGCUGUUGUUUUCUGCCCUCCCCACAAGAGGUCACUGGUAGAGCAGAAAGUGACAAUGAUCUUGAAGCGCGCUGGGUUCCUCUACUUUUUGCAGCCUGUCUCCUAUUUAGGCUUUGCCAUUUCUCAUCUCUGUUCCUUGCCUGCACGCAGCCAGAAGGCUGUCCAGAAAGGGGUUUUCAGGUCAGGCCCAAAACUGUGCAUCGACAAGUUUAGGUGCAGUGGCACUGGUACCAUCUCUGGCUGAAAGGAAACCUGUUUUGGUCCUUUCCCAGCACAUAGUCUAAUAUUCUAAUCUAUAGCCCACCUUCAGCCUGCUCUAGAGGGUCUUGUGAGAAAGUAGACCCUUGGCAGCAUCUGUUUAUGGACCAGAUGGAUUAUUUGCAUGCCUCUGUGUGUGUGCACUUAGGAGACAGAUGGUUAAGGACCAAUAAGGGCUGAAGAGUUGGUGAAGGCAAUCAUACUGGCAGUCAUGUUAGAUAUAUGUAUGUGUAUAUAUAUGUGCGUGUGUGCAUGUACAUAGAUACAUAUGUAUACACGCCCCACCCAACCUUGGACAGUCUGAUGGAAAGCGUAUGCAUUUCCCUAGGACUGAGAAGAAAAAAGGAAACAGUGCAUAGGUGUCACUAAAACAUCACUUCUCACUUUUGGCACUCGGCUAGCCUGAAAGGAAAAAGCGACACUUCUGCUCAAUGUAGUUAACUUGGUUCAUGUGCUGCCUUGGGGCACCAGUAUAUCUUGGCUGACGUGAAGAGAAAUUGUAAGGAGUAGGAGAGUAUCGUGAGAGAUUGUUCUAAUGGUAGCGGUCGUCCUCAUGUAAAUUAGAGCACCUCUAUAUUUUGAGUUUGUGUGGGAAAUAUUGAUAGCCUUUAUCCUUUAUUAGGAAGGUAACCGCUAGUGUAAUUUUUCAGUAUGACAGGAGGUAGGUAUGGGGGAAGGAGAAGGAGAUAGCAAAAGCAGAAAACUUAACCCACUUUGCUUUUUGAGAUCCCCUUGCAAGCAGGACUGGAGGAUACUUGCAUUUUAGGAACAGCUUGUGUGGAUGGGAAUAGUAUCUGCAUCUAAGAGUGGAGGGAAGGAUUUGGAUCUUAUGUUUCUUCGAAGACUGUAUGUAUCCUAAGCAGUUGCGACUCUGGUUUGGACUUAACUGCUAAUUAUGUGCAUAUUUAUGCUGAAAAUAUGAUAACUCUUAAAUUACACUGUUCAUAGUGUAUCGCUCCAAGUUGGAACAGGUGACUUGCAUAGAAUUAAGUCUUCCUGUCUGCUGCUUUAUUCUUACUUCUUAAUUUUUCUUUCUGGACUUACUUGGGAAGCCUUAAAACUUUCUUCAGUUGCUUAGAGGGCAGAUGGUUAAUGAUUGAGAAGAGCAUUCACACUGGCAGUAAUUAUUCCGUAGUUCUCUCUCUCUCCGUGCUGUUUCCUGUUUUUCCUUUCCCCUUGCCCUAAGUGGUGCGCAUGGAUACGCAUUAUAUGAAAUGAGGAGAUCAGAGGACUGCUGUAUUUAAAGGAAUUCAAAGUGGUGUAAGAACUCCUGAGUAAUUCAGGAUAGUGUUACUGCAGCCUCUUUGAGGUAUGGAGGCAGAAGCUGAAGGACACUGAUGAAAUGGCAAAGGAAAGCUGGUGGCAGAGCUGAGAAUAGAGUGACAGUGUGCUGCUAUGGCUUCUUUCUAUCCUUUUAAUGACUAGUUAUAGCCUGGGACUCACUCACCCUAAACACCAUUCUCUCUUGAAAAAGCUUACAAAGGUGUAGCAUCAAAAUUUUUGUAAUAAAUGAAUGAGACCUUUUCAGUAGUCUUGGUUCUUCACUUUUCACAUGAAUCAGGCUAAAGUUUGAUGUUUUUUACAGGGUGUGGGGGGGGAAGGAUUAUACACUAGUGACGUGAAUUUGAAGUAAUGUUUAUGCCAGGUACAUACUGCUCUAACUGUUAGGGUUUCUGUAGCAGGGGCUGUAGGGCUGCCCUGUGGUGGAAGAGGCCAUGAACUGAUAUACAUAAGAAAGAGCGUUAGCCCUUAAGGCAGGAGACACCCAGAGGGGACUGCUGAGGGGCUGCAGACGCACUCUUGGAAGGAGACACUUCUGAGGGACUGUGGCCCAUGGGGGGGACACGCCGGGGCAGAGACAGCCCUGAGGGACUGUGGCCAGCCAAUGACCCACACUGGGACAGCAAUGCUGGGAAGCGUGAAGAAGCUUGGUAUUUUUAUGGAAAGGAAAGCUCCAUAUGCUAGUUAUAUGAAUUUGAAGUAGCGCUCACAACAAUAUGUGCACUAGGCAUGACUUGGCAGGGUUUUGGUAGUGGUGAGCUGCAGGCAUGACCUGUGCGGGAGAGGGCUGUGAAGUGCCCUAUACCAGUCACAAUUGCUUCCAGCCAGCUCAAAAACUGAUGUAAAACCCAUUUUUUGUGUUUUCAUAUUUUUUAAUUAGAUUCACAAUUCCCCAGCUGCUAAUGACCAGGAAACAGAAUUGGCUUGCAGUUUAUUCCCACUGUCUUUGUGUGUACAUGUGCUUUGUUGUAUGACAGGCUUUCUGACAUCUACCCAGCAGCCCUGCACUUCCUACAGCAUCACCCCAGGUGCUCUCUCAGUUCAGGUGACUGAAGCCAGUCAGGUUACACAAGCCAGUGAGAGCUACAUGCUUUCUCUGACAUUGAUAACUUGUAGCAAGUGAAAACACCUGUAAAGCUGUACCUUAUCAGUUCUAUGACUCAUUAGACUGUUAAUUACUUCAUCUGAGCAGUCCUAGCUCUCAGUCAAGUAGAGGCAGUUUGAAACAGUGCAUUUGGAAAGAGGACUCAGUGCAGACCCAGAACCACGAACAAACUCCAACCAGCAGCAAAAGGCUGAGUUUCUUUAAGCUUACAAUGGCACCCUGGAAGAGACGGCAUAAAGUUGCACUGUUACUCAUGAACGUAGGUUUUGUGUGUUACCUGAUGCACUUACAGCAAGAUCAAAGAAAGGGAAGACUUGAUUCCUUGGAUGUUAAUCCUCAAUCUCUGAACAAAGAAAAUAACAUCCUUCAGAGACUGGACCAUUUGGACUGGACCAUUCAUAACCUCUCAAAAUCAGUGGAAGCAUUCCAUGAAGAUAUAAAACAAAUAGAACAUGUUCUGAAGCUGCAAAAUAACUUCAAGACUGGAACCCAAGUGCGCAAAGCUGAUAACGCAAAGGAGGAAAAGAACAUUGCACACCGUUUGCUGUACCCAGACUCAGUUUUGUUCAAACGCUGGGGUGCAGAUUUAAGGGAAGAGGAGCAAACUGUUGCACAGAAUCUGUUCUUAAGUUAUGGGUAUAAUGUUUACCUCAGUGAUCAUCUACCUCUGGAUCGACCUAUCAGAGACACCAGAUCUCCCAGCUGUAAAAUGAAAACAUAUCCGAAAGACCUUCCAACACUCAGUGUUGUACUUAUAUUUAUGAAUGAAGCACUGUCAGUCAUCUUACGUGCAAUUACUAGUAUACUUAACCGAACACCUUCUCAUUUAUUGAAAGAAAUCAUCCUGGUAGAUGAUUACAGUUCAAAUGAUGAUCUGAAAGGACCUUUGGAAACACACAUCAAAAAUUACAAUGUAAAGCAACCUGGAAUGAUGAAGAUCAUCAGACAUCAGAAAAGACAAGGCCUAACACAAGCCCGGAUUUCUGGCUGGGAGGCAUCAACUGCAGAUGUUGUUGCAAUUUUGGAUGCCCAUAUUGAAGUGAACAUGGCAUGGGCUGAACCUAUUUUGUCUCGACUAAAAGAAGAUCACACUGUUAUAAUAUCACCGGUAUUUGACAAUAUUCGUUUUGAUGACUUGGAGCUUCUUCAGUAUUCAGUGGCUGCAGAUGGAUUUGACUGGGCACUCUGGUGCCUUUAUGAACCUUUACCAGCUGAAUGGUAUGCUCUGAAAGAUGAAACAGCUCCAGUCCGGAGCCCAUCUAUAAUGGGGAUUCUUGCUGCAGAUAGGAAAUUUCUGGGUGAGAUUGGUGUACUGGAUGGUGGAAUGCACAUAUAUGGAGGAGAAAAUGUGGAACUUGGCCUGAGGGCCUGGCAGUGUGGAGGUAAAGUAGAAGUGCUGCCCUGUUCAAGAAUUGCUCAUUUGGAAAGAGCUCACAAGCCUUACUUGCCAGACUUGAGCAUCAUGGUGAAACGCAAUGCCUUGCGGGUAGCUGAAGUGUGGAUGGAUGAAUACAAGUACAUGGUCUACUUUGCAUGGAAUCUUCCAAUUGAGAAUCCUGGAAUAGACUUUGGAGAUGUUUCUUCCAGAAAAGAGCUAAGGAAAAAACUGAACUGUAAAAGCUUUGACUGGUACAUAAAAAACAUUUACCCCAAUUUAAUAGUUCUUCCCAACAUUGUUGGCUAUGGAACAAUGAAAAACACAUUGAAAGAAGACAUCUGUAUUGAUCAAGGCCCUGUCCCUGGAAACACACCAAUUAUGUAUCCCUGUCAUGCAUACUCACCACAGCACAUCUUAUAUCACAGCACUGGAGAAAUGUAUGUAGGAGGUUUACGUGCCCGAUGGAAUACAGUUGAUAGAUGCCUAACAGACCCUGGGGAUGGGGACCUGCCAGUUUUAGAGCAAUGUGACACAGCUGUGAAUAAAGGCCUGAAUUUGCACUGGGAUUUUAAGCAGGGAUCAGCCGUAAUCAACAGGAGCACUAAAAGAUGCCUCGAAAUCACAGCAGAAAAUCCAGUUUCAUACAGACUUGUAAUGCGGACCUGCACAGGACAAAGGUGGAAUAUCCAACACACAGUUAAGGACUGGGGAAAGACGAAAGACCUGGAACAGAAGACACAGUACUCAAAGCAUUGA